AUGAAUGGGUGUGUGUGAUACUGGACGCCCGGCCACAGCUGUGUUCGGGGCAGGUUCAGCGGAAUAGGUACCUACACGACGCGAUCCCAGAUCCUCCCCGCCGCUGCUACGCUGCGUACCGUCGGCCACGGGGCAUAAAGUCGAUGCAUCCUCGACUGCUCCAAGCUGUGUCUGUUCCUCCCGCCGCCCGCCCGCGCUCUCCACCCAGGCCUGUCCACCUGCAGCGACACAGAUGUGGUGCCGUCGCAUGCACCGGUAAGUUCAUGAGGUGGUGAUGUGCUGCUGGGCGCCGACAAUGUCGCCGACCCGGCAGGUCGCUGGCACGGUGGAGAGGGGACGCGGGAGGAGAGGGUGAAGGUGUCGGCCGCGGGUUGGUUGAGGUGUCCACGGGCUGGUUUGACGGGCAGCAAUCAUGGAACAUGGAGGUGCCAGUGCAGGUGGCCACCACGACUUUCUUGACACAACCUCUCGCGCUGUGUGCCUGGCGCCGGGCAGUGGAGCGCCCACCCAUCCCACAUAAACUUUGAGCCGCAGCAACGACGUCGCGAGCCCGGACAACCUUGCAGGCCAAGCGUAUCAACACCAUAGACACCAUGGCAGAACGCGGCCAAUUCAGAGGCGGCGGACGUGGUCGUGGUGAGGGACGUGGGAGAGGUGGCGGUGGCGGAGAUCGGGGAGGUCGUGGUGGCGGACAUGCUCCAAAUAGCGAGCGGAAAAAGGAAAACAUUCUGGAUCUUUCAAAGUACCUAGAGAAAGGCAUUACCGUCAAGUUCAAUGGUGGCCGAGAAGUGACCGGCACUCUCAAGGGGUUUGACCAGCUGAUGAAUUUGGUGCUUGACAAUGUCAAGGAGACGACGAGAGAUGAAGAGGGCAACACCAGUACAAGAAACCUCGGUCUGCUAGUAGCCAGAGGAACAUUGCUUGUUCUCAUCAGCCCAGUGGACGGUAGCGAGGAAAUCGCCAACCCAUUCGUGCAGGCAGAUGUCGACGAUGAAUGAACAAGGCUAUGCAAGAGAAUGCGCCAAGUGAGUCUCGAAUGCGCUCGCAACACCGGCCACACCAUUUCGCGACUCCGGUCUCAUCUUCAUACCCAUCCUUCUCCUGGCCACACGAGGACAGCCGGUUGGCUCUUCUGCUCUGAGCAUAUCACCGACUGCAGGCUACGAAGGCGCUCAAUAACGCCGCGGCCAUGCCGGCUCGUCAGGAGUCGGAUAGUACCUCCUUUACACAGUUCAAAAUAAUUCCACAGCACAGGUGGCAGCGCAUACAGACUGCUGCCGUCGUUGCCCAAGGUCCACCCGAAUCAAUUCAAGUGUACUGUUCUUAAACUCACUCCCAACAACGUGGAUUCGAUCGUACCUUGCCUACCUAAGGUAGGUACCUGGGUAGUGUGCCAUACUUCAGAGUCCAGCUAAAUUUACUAAGCAAUCACCAAACAGCGGAGGCACGCACACCAUCUCUG